UUUUGUUGGGGAGCUACCUUGGAAACAAUGGGAAGAGGGUUGGACUGCGUUUUGUCAAAGGCUUUGAAGGACUUCCAUGCGCUUGUUUGCCUGUUUUUUACGCAAAGCAAGUAAUGAAGCAAAAAAAGGGCGGGGGGGCGGAGGGUCCUCUGAGAUACGCGGAGACGCCAAAGCCCGGUGCGCGUAAGACGCGACUGCGCUGUAACUCGCCGUACCUGCGGGCUCUCUGGGGGGUCCGACUUGAAACAAACUCUAAAAUUAAAAUUAAAAUUAAUAACGCACCGAUUCCUGAGUACACGGGGGAGGGGGGGGCUGGGCUUUUAAUUUUUUAAUAACUCAUUCAUUAUGAGUGCGCUUUCCCGUGAAAUCCGACAGGGGGCUCUGUGUUUAAAGUUUACGAGCUAGACUCUAGAGGUUGCGUCCGUGGAAUGGAGGGAGAGAGAGAGAGAGAGAGAGAGAGAAAAGAGGGCGGUGGGGGGACCGGUAUAUAAGCGCGCGAGCGCAGCACACACUCAGCGCGCGGAGCGCAGUCAGGACUGGGAGGUGCGGGCGCGCGCGGUUGGGUGCGAAGACGCGCUCCGCCGUGUCCCUGUGUCUCUGUGUCUCUGUCUGUGUAUGUGUGCGCGUCCGUAUCCGUAUCCGCACCCGCGCGUGUGUGUAUGUGUCUCUGUGUGUGUUCCUGCCGAGCGCCACCUCCUGCGACAGAGAACUCGAUGAAGGAGCGGAGGGGUCCGCAGCAGCAGGCAGCAGCGCACGGCGGCAUGGACGCGGGUCCGAGUGUCAAGUGUAAGAUCGUGGUGGUGGGAGACAGCGAGUGCGGCAAGACCGCGCUGCUGCACGUCUUCGCCAAGGACUGCUUCCCCGAGAACUAUGUGCCCACGGUCUUUGAGAAUUACACGGCCAGUUUUGAAAUCGACACACAGAGGAUUGAGCUCAGUCUGUGGGACACUUCAGGGUCGCCGUACUACGACAACGUGAGGCCGCUCUCGUACCCGGACUCCGACGCCGUCCUCAUCUGCUUUGACAUCAGCCGGCCGGAGACACUGGACAGCGUCCUGAAAAAGUGGAAGGGGGAGAUCCAGGAGUUCUGCCCCAACACCAAGAUGCUUCUGGUGGGCUGCAAGUCAGACCUGCGCACAGACCUCACCACGCUGGUGGAGCUCUCCAAUCACAGGCAGACGCCAGUGUCAUAUGACCAGGGCUCCAGCAUGGCCAAGCAACUGGCCGCACCCUACAUCGAGUGCUCGGCCCUGCAGUCGGAGAACAGCGUGCGGGACAUCUUCCACGUGGCCACCCUGGCCUGCGUCAACAAGGGCAACAAGCACAUGAAGCGCGGUAAAGCCGCGCGGGCCCCCAAGCGCAUCUCCCACGUGGCCGGCCGCUCCGACCUGGCGGCCGUGUCGCCCGACCUGCGCAAGGACAAGGCCAAGAGCUGCACGGUCAUGUGACGGCCGGUGAAGGCAGAGCGGGGUGUAAGGCCGACCGCCCCUCCCCUUCCUCGUGCACCCCACCCCGCCCCCGCCGACAUGCGCACGCAAACGUGGUGGCAGGUGGCGUGGCGGCUCUUCCUGCACUUUAAAUCGUCUUCUUCCUCCCGGAGUCGGCGGCCGGUCCUCGCGCGGCUGGAAUAUGCGGUGCCGUGGGGGGGGACUCCGGCGGACGCACGUCCGACGAGAUGCAUUUAUCCAAGCUGCCCCGCCCCCACCCCCACCCCCACCCCAGGAUGCAACACCCCAAGAAGAAGCUGCGUUGGCUCCUGUUGACUUGUCGACUCACCCUUUUCCCACCCCUGUAAUUUGCAUAUCGGGGGUUGAGGGCAAAGAGGUCGUGGCCUCACCGGAUCUCGAGACGAGCGAGGGAGGAGGCGUCGGCAACUUCCUUUUUACGAUUUUCUUUCUUUUUGUAUAAAAAAAAAAAGUGAAACAAUGGCGCGAGACGAUUCCGACAGACAGCUUGCUCCUCAGGGCCGAGAGGCCGCUCCUUCGCCCUCGGACGGCCCGAACAAAGAAACCCGUUUUCUCGCACGAGUCUUCGGGCCGCGACCGUGAGACGGAGGGGAUCGUUGACGCGAAACGACGGCGAAUCACUGUGGUUUAGAUCAACUUUUCUGGGAUUCAUCCUGUUUUUUUUUUUUUUUUUUUUUUUUUUCCUUGUAUGUCCCGUCCCCCCCCAGCUUUCGUUGACACCACCGAUGGAUGAAACCUUAACCGCGUCUCUUCCAUUAGAGCUCCAAUUGUGUUGAGCACCAUCGUUCACCCGAGAUCUCUUCUGCUCGCGUUCACACCUCCAAGGACAUUGUGCCCUGAUGGUUUCUAACCAAAGAUGUUGAGUGUGUUGAAAUCCCCGGAGCUGCCCUGUGUGUUUUUGUCAUUUAAGUCAGCAAAGCCUUGACCGGUCCCCAUAGUAACAGGGUAUUGUAUGAUAAACGGUGGGAGUGUUUGCAUGCGUCACCAGCGCCGGUGCUGCAGUGCGGCCGACGGGCUCCUCGCCGUGCCGUGACCGUAAAGCCCGCUCUCCGCUUUGUUUGUUCGCCGGGUGUCCUCGUCCUCGACUAUGCAAUACGUUCGUUUUUCAGAUCCAUCUUCAUGAUCAGCGCACACACUCGCGCGCGCACACACACACACACACUCAGUGGUUCUGGCUGAAGGUCACACUUAAGGUUUGUUUGACGGGGGGUUUCUGUUCUAUGGAAACAGCUUUUUUUUUUUCUUUUUUCCCCUUUUCUUUUUAAAGCGUUUUGAGUCUCAAACGUGCUAGAAACCCUGCUGCACUUCUGUUUGUCUUCGCAAACAUGGCGAAAGGCGUUCCGCACAACCGGAGACGUUUCCAAAGGGCCCAGCACUUCCCUCAAAGGCAGUAUUAUCAGUUAGCCUGCAUACGCUUUCUCUAUUUAAGUGUUUAUU